GUUCGGCACCAGUUGCUCGGAAUAUUCCACACGAGCAGGAAACCUCGCCUCUUUACCUCUCCAGUGCGCGUACUCGAGAGUGACUACCUGUGCGCGCCCCCGCGGGACUCUCCUCCAAACAGGUUUGACAAGGACACACCUGCGGAACAGAAGGCACCUUUGUGAGCUCCCACUCGACCCACCGCCUCCGAGGACGACAGACGCACGGAAGAGGAGAUCCAGCUUGAGCUUGAAAGGAAGAGCGUUUGAGACAAACAUGAAGACGUGGGCUCUGCUCGUGCUCGCCGCCGUCGUGGUUGGAGCAUCCGCGGAUUGUGGCAAAUGUGACACCAUGAAAUGGGCCACCUGUGACGGAACCCCGUGUCAAUGUACUCUCCUUGUGGGCAACAAUGUAAAGCAAACUCUGGAUUGUAAAAAACUCAUUCCCAAGUGCUUCCUGAUGAAGGCGGAGAUGUACAGGAAGUCCAAGGGUCUGGGCACCAGGACCAUCGGCGGCAAGCCGGUGGAGGAGGCCAUCGUGGACAACGACGGAAUCUACGAUCCAGACUGCGAGGCCGACGGCAAAUUCCGGGCCAAGCAGUGCAAUAACACCGAGGAGUGUUGGUGCGUCAACAGCGCCGGCGUCCGCCGCACUGACAAGGGAGACAAAAACCUCAAGUGUGAGAAGCUGGUGGAGACCUUCUGGGUCCGUUUGCAGAUGGAUCACAAGCCAGUGUCCAAACCUGUUGACGCCGACAAGCUGAAGACCGCCAUCGCUGACGCCAUAAACAAGCGUUACCAGAACUUCGACAAGAGUCUGGUGGAGAAGAUCGAAUAUGACGCCAAAUCUGGCAGGAUCGUUGUGGACGUGAAGAAGGAGAAGGGCGAGCGCAAGACCGACCUGGCCCAAAUGGCCUACUACAUGGAGAAGGAUAUCAAAGUGCUGCCGCUCUUCAACAACCAGGACAAGUUUGAGCCGGUGGUGGACAACCAGAAGCUGGAGAUGGAGAAGAUCGUGGUGUACUACGUGGAUGAGGAGGGCCCAACCUUCACCAUGAAGCACCUGACGGGCGGCAUCAUCGCCGUCAUCGUGGUGGUGGUCCUGGCCGUGGUGGCCGGCCUGCUGGCGCUGUUCUUCAUGCAGCGACGCCAGAGGCAGAGAUACAACAAAGCUCAGCAAAGGGAGAUGGAUCCCAUGUAAAGAAAUGAAGCCUUAGACUUUAGUUGCUGUGGGUGUCUGCCAUUUUUACUUGAGGAAUCCAGAUGAGGAAGAAUGAACACCGGCGCCGCCCUCCACUCCAGGCGGCCAUUUUAUUUAUAAGUUGUCUCCAUCCUCAGCCGAUCUACGCCAUAAAGAACUGUGCUGUUUGAAGAGUGGCACAUUUUAAACGUUGAUUUUAACUCUGUCAUUGUACAGUUUCAUACCUAUUGAUGUGUUUUGUCGUCGUGGAUUGUUUUUAAUAAAAGUGUUGUGAAAAGACA